AUGCUGGGUAUCGAUGCGACCAAACUGCAUACGAAGAGACGGACGUUUAAGGAGUUCAACUUUUCCCAAACAACUCCAAAGCCUCAGAUGAUUCCCGCUCACAUUAUAAAGGUGUACACCUAUCUUGCUACUUCGCCAGGUUCUCCUCCGAAGCGUACUCGGCAAACCUUCUCCAGAAAACGUGGGGUGAAUGAAGUGGGGCACGGCAGCUGGUCCGACGUCAUACCGGAGCUCCAAAACUACAUCCUAGCUCUAGUCUACGGACGUCUCUCGCCCGAUGUUAGCAGAGAUACACACACAUAUUUGGGUUCGCUUUCCGUCUUCUGA